UUUUGCUUCUGUUUGUAGCUUGUACAUCAUCUUCCCCACAAACACGAUGCACAAUACAGCUCUGACAGCUCUGCACUGUAGAAUAUUGAAGGUUACAAGAGUUUAGAAUGGAAACCACCAACCACAAAAGGCUAAGUUUGUGAGAAGAACAUUGGGAUAUCAUAAAAUCUUCUAGAAGAAGAAAAGAAAAUGCCCAGUGGAAACUUUUCAAACUGCCGCAGCUCCCCGGAUUUCCAGCAUACCCUAUAUGCUGUCACUUAUAUAGCCAUCUUGAUACCUGGUCUGCUCGCUAACAGUGUUGCUCUAUGGGUUCUCCAAAGCUUUAUCAACAAGAAGAACAAGGCCAUUAUCUUCAUGAUCAAUUUGGCAACUGCUGACCUUGCCCAUGUCUUGUCGUUGCCUCUUCGGAUUUAUUACUACAUAAAUCACUCAUGGCCAUUUAAGCACUUUGCCUGCUUGUUAUGCUUUUAUCUUAAAUACCUGAACAUGUACGCAAGUAUCCUCUUUUUAACACUUAUCAGCGUCCAGAGGUAUGUCUUCACCGCAAAUCCUUUCAAAGCCAAAGACUGGAAAAGAAGGUACGAUGUUGGAAUCAGCAUAUGCGUAUGGAUAGUGGUUGGUACUUCAUGUCUGGCAUUUCCUAUAUACAGAAGCUCUAGAGGAAAUAACUCAACCACCAGUUGUUUUGCUGACCUAGGUAAUAAUCAGAUGAACAUGGUCACCAUGUCUGGCAUGCUGAUUUUUUCAGAACUGUUAGGAUUUAUAAUUCCUAUGACUGUCAUCACUUACAGCUCUCUAAAAACAAGGACACAACUAAAACUGAAUUCCUUAGAAUGUGUGAACAAGAAAGAAAAGAGAAAAGCUCUUCGACUGGUUAUAACAUGCGCUUGUGUGUUUUUUAUUUGUUUUGCACCAUACCACAUCACUUUCUUCUUUUAUGUAAUGGUCAGUGCAAAUGCUAUCCAAAACUGCACAGCGCAAAAAAUCAUCCUGACUUUACAUCCCAUUUCUAUAAGCCUAGCAAGUAUUAAUUGUUGCCUGAACCCAAUAAUCUAUUACUUUACAGCAUCAGAAUUCCAGAGUGAGAUAGCUAGACGUGGGUCUUCCAUGAUCCGUAUCCGUUCCACGAGCAGAGAAAGUGGUUCUUCUUUCUGACGCUGCCGAUAUGGGGUUAAUACUUUUUAUUUAUUGUCAUUUUCACUUCAAGGAUGUCCUCGAUUGUAUUGUUUGAUUAUUUCUCAAGAUGCUUCCAAGUCUUUAAAGGCCCUUUUAACUUUUAACACUUGUGUUGCAGACUAUUGCACUUUGCGUUAAGGCAGCCUAUUCCAUUUGAAUGUGCCGCCAAUGCACCACAAACAUAGUCAAAAAUGGACAUAAAUCACCUUGUAAAACAACCCAUUCAGUUUAAAAUAUAAAUAAAAGGCAAAACAUUUGUGUAUAGGUAUA